AUGGACGUAGAUGCUCUCACUGUAAUCAAUGAAAGAAAACCAGCAAAUCUUGUGAAUGCGCCCACAACAGAUGAUCAAGUACGGAAAGCUCUUCGAGGAAUUGGGGAACCAGUGACAUAUUUUGGAGAAGACAAGGCUGAUCGAAGAGCCAGGUUAGUUGACUUAUUGAGCAACAGAAAUUUGAAGGGAACGGAAGAGGGAAAUGGUUUUGGAAGUGAAGAUGAAUUCGAGGACAGUGAUGUAGAUGAUGAGAUGGAUGAUGACAAUGAGGAAUUUUACACACCUGGUAGUGAUGAACUACUUACCAUUCGUAAGGAGAUACUAUCAUACUCACUUGAUAAAUCUAGGAACAGGUUAGCAGCUCAGAAGAAACAUGCAUCAAAAAGCACCGAUUUUAUCAAGAUACUUAAAUACAGAAGAAGCAUCAAUUCUAAGUUGGAAGGUUUGGAAUUGUACGGCUCUCAAUCAUUGGCUACCAGAGCACUUUCUAAGAUACGAUAUAGUAGAAUUGUAGAUAAUGGAAAAAUGGAUAAUUUUCUUGCAGUUGGGUCUUGGGAUGGCUCUAUACACAUCCUAGACUCUGACCUUCUGGAAAAGCACAAAAGCAUUGGCAAACACACAGAGAAAGUCAGUGCCAUUGACUGGAGUCGUGAUAAUUCCAACGUAUUGUCUGGUGGGGGAGAAGGUUCCAUCAAUGUUUGGAAUGUCAAAAGUGAGUCAAAUGAAACGAUAUCUAAUGCUCACCCAGCAAGAAUCACCGAAACUUUGUACCACCCAUCUGGCGCAUAUUUUGCUUCUACAUCUUUCGAUCAAACUUGGAAAUUGUGGGACGCAACCACGUUGAAAACAAUAUACCAGCAAGAAGGGCAUUCCAAAGAAGUAUAUUGUGGUUCUUUCCACCCAGACGGUGGGAUUUUCUCUUCUGCAGGUCUUGAUGCUAUAGGGUACAUAUGGGAUUUGAGAUCAGGUAGAUCUAUAAGUAUUCUACAAGGACAUAUACAGGGAAUAUACUCAAUGGAUUGGGCACCUAACGGUAUACAUUUAGCCACAGCAAGUGGGGAUUGCUCGGUGAAGAUUUGGGACCUUCGAAACCCAACUUCUGAACUCUUCUCCAUACCAGCACAUAGUAAAUUAGUCAGUGAGGUUAGGUUUUUGACAUCCAAUUCAGUUUUAAAAGGAGUACCAGAGGUCACCGAUGAGUUCGGUACGAAUCCAGAAAGAUUAUCCAACGAAUUCGUCGAUGAUAAUGCUGGAAUUUCGGAUGCUGGUUCUUUCUUGGUGACAAGUUCCUACGAUGGCUUGGUCAAUGUAUGGAGUGCGGACAACUGGGUCAAAGUGAAAACCUUGCAGGGACACAAUGAUAAGGUUAUGAGUUGUGAUAUCUCUCCAACUGGCACAAUAGCAAGUUGUGGAUGGGAUAGAACAGUUAAGAUUUGGCAAUAUUAG